AUGGCUGUGCGAUCUGUGCCGCGGCUCAGUCCCCGCAUGGGCGCGCGGCUGACGAGACAGUUCUCGAAAUCUUCUCGAGCUUAUAGCUACGCUGAUACACUUUCCAAUCUCAAGAUUGGGACCCAUACGCGUGUCCUGUUCCAAGGAUUUACAGGCCGGCAAGCGACUGCAAAUGUAAAAGAGUCUUUGGAAUGGGGCACCAAGAUCGUGGGGGGUGUCAAACCUGGAGUGGAAGGAGAACAUCUAGGCUUGCCUAUUUUCCCAUCUGUUAAAGUGGCUCAACAAAAUGCAAGGCCAGAUGCUUCUGCUAUUUAUGUGCCAGGGAAUCAGACUGCCAGUGCUAUUGAAGAGGCCAUCGAGGCAGAAAUUCCGCUGGUGGUGGCUGUGGCCGAACAUGUCCCGAUCCAUGAUAUUUUGAGAGUUCAUUCGAUGCUUCAGACUCAAUCCAAGACUCGCCUUGUUGGGGCAAACUGUCCCGGGAUCAUCUCCGCGAUCGGAAAGUGCCGCAUUGGCUUUCAGCCUCUCCCAUGCUUUGCACCAGGUAACAUUGGCAUCGUGGCGAAAUCGGGGACCCUGAGCUAUGAGACUGUCGCCUCGACGACUCGGGCUGGUCUCGGGCAAAGUUUGUGCAUCAGUAUGGGUGGUGAUGUUCUGGCUGGAACAAACUUUGUUGACGCGUUAAAGGUCUUUGAGCACGACGAUGAUACCCAGGGAAUCAUUCUGGUCGGUGAGAUUGGAGGCACGGCAGAGAUGGACGCAGCGGAGUGGAUCAAGGAUUACCGGCAAAGAACUGCGGAUCCCAAGCCCAUCAUGGGUCUUGUCGGGGGUCUCGAAGCUCCCUCCGGGCGAGUCAUGGGACACGCAGGCGCUUGGGCUGCGGCAGGUGAGCCUGAUGCUCGAACAAAGUACCGCGCUUUGGAACAAGCUGGCGUGGUCAUGGUCAACCAUCCCGAGAAGUUUGGAAAUGAAAUGAAAAUUCUCCUCGCGGACAGAGCUUCAAGGAAUCGCGCACAUAAUCUCCGCAGUACCGGCUCACAGACACGAGGAUAUCAUACGGCAAGACGAAUGAAUUCAACUUCUGUGCUUGGGUUGCAGCAGAAGCGCAGCCUCUAUCUCAAGCGAUCUCAAGCGCUAGAGAUCCUAAGGCAGAAGUCCAUUCCCGUCAAUGAGGAAGACUCCAGCCCUAGCGGCCUGCUUUCCAUAUCUGUGGACCGAUCGGCCUUAUCUCCAUGCAUUGUGGCUGUUUCGGGCUCAGAAUUCGAUCUGGACCGUUCGAAGAGGAUUCCAUUCAGCUAUACGCAGACUACAUUGAAGAACCAACCUCUGGUGGCCAGCGUUGCGACCCAUUUGAGUAUUCCGCCGUCGUCCCAGGGCCAACUGGGGGACAUCAUCCAGGCGUUAUGGGAGAUCUUCAAAGAGAAAGAAGCCUUUGUUUUGGAAUGUGGCGUUACCGUCUCUGUUGAAGGCAACGUGACUGUUUGCCGAGCCCGAUUCGGGUUUGACGAUGCCGCAUAUCGUAGCUCAGGGCGUCAGGAAGACAUCCAUCGCCUGCGAAACAAAGCCGAGGAGGUCCCCGAGGAGGUAGAAGCCGAGAAGGAUGGCAUUGUCUAUGUCAAAUUGCAAGGCGAAGGCAGCAUUGGCACUCUAGUGAAUGGUGCUGGACUUGCCAUGAACACGGUCGACGCGCUGACCAUCCACGGUGGCCAUUGUGCGAACUUCCUUGACACUGGGGGUAAAGCUACCUCGGAGACCGUCAAGUCGUCCUUCCGCAUCAUCUGUUCGGAUCCACGCGUCAAGGCCAUCUUUGUCAACAUCUUUGGUGGACUGACACGCUGCGAUAUGAUUGCCGAGGGAAUCAUCAUGGCCUUCCGCGAUUUGGAUAUGCAAGUGCCCGUCGUAGUACGACUGCGCGGGACCAACGAGGAACUAGGCCAAACCAUGGUGAGUCUCUCCAAGCCGCCCACUCCCCCCCCUCCGGAGCUCUGUUCAUACAGACUCGUGGUCUCGAAGCGAGUUAACCAAGAUGGGUAG